AUGACUUCUCGACAACUGCGUAUGCUCUAUGUUGGCCUUGGAGUAACAGCCUCAUGUCUCCUGAUUCUUUCAACGUCGUCAAGACCUCAUCUACAAACUAAACUAGAAGAGGAUAUUGCUUUCAAUGUUCCAUCUCUUUCUAAUGCUUUGGAUGAACAACAAAUUGGUCCAGAUGGAAAGGCUGUUGAUCUUCAUCCAAUACAAGAAUUACCAAAUCCAGAACGUCUUGCUUUCAACAAAACAGUUCAGAGCUAUAACGAAUGUAUUAUUGAGAAGUAUAACGCCAUCAAACAAAACCAAACGACCGUUUGGGAAAGAGGACUUCAGGAUAUCGUCGAGGACUGCAAACAGAAGACAGAUAUCAAAAAAAUUAUAAUUUCACCAUUAAAAAACAACGAUGAAAUUAAGCAUCACGUGUUCUCCCAAUAUGAAGAACCAAGCACCAUUGUAACACUAGGAGUUGGAGCUGAUACAGCCGUUGAAGAAUAUCUCAAAUCAAAGCUACCUUCUGGAAGUCAAUUCAUGGCUGCUGAUCCAGUAUAUGAGCCAAACGCUAAGAUGUUUGAGAAGAUCGGACUUUUCUUCCCUUUUGCUGUAGGAGCUGAGACUGGUGUUUCUAUUGCUAACAUUCGUAACAAUCAAGGCAAUUACGAAAAACAACUAAUGACCCACAUCGAUUUAGAGAUCUUUUUCGGGAAACUAGUGAACAAAACCAAAAUCGAUCACUUGUUGUUGGAUAAUGAAGGUCCAGAAUACGAUCUGAUGCCACGACUAGGUAGAAAUGAUCUUUUCGAUGAAAUGGGAGUAACUGUAUGUCAAAUGAAUGUUGAAGUUCAUUCUGGAAGGACAGGCUUCACGAAAGAUGAACUCCGUUCUGAAUUCAUAAGAAUCAUCGAUAGAAUUCUGUACGAGCAGCGAUAUGUUAUUCUAUUUAGUAGUUAUUAUGGACAUCAACGUAUGUUCUUGAUGAACGUUGAGAGUAAUUAUUGUGUCAAUAAGUAUAUGAUUCAAUUCUUUUCUAAUUAA